AGAUUCAGGAGAAGAGGACCGAGUGUGUCCACCCAAGAAACGUUCUGGUGCUUUGUCAAAAUGCCAUGUGAAAGGAAGCCGAUGCGCUACGGCCACUCUGAAGGACACACCGAGGUGUGCUUUGAUGACACUGGGAGGUUCAUUGUAACCUGCGGAAAUGAUGGAGAUGUUCGAAUCUGGGAGAGUCUGGAUGAUGAUGAUCCAAAGUUUAUCACUGUCGGGGAGAAGGCUUACUCUCUGGCACUGAAGAAUGGCAAGCUGGUAACGGCGAGCUCCAACAACACCGUGCAGAUCCACACAUUUCCUGACGGCGAUCCAGACGGCAUCUUGACCCGCUUCACCACCAAUGCCACACACGUCGCCUUCAACAGCAUUGGCUCGAGAGUUGCAGCUGGGUCCAGUGACUUCAUGGUUAAGGUGGUGGAGGUGUCAGACAGCAGUCAACAGAAAACACUCAGGGGUCACGAGGCACCUGUCCUCAGCGUCACCUUUGACCCCAAAGAUGACUUCUUGGCCUCUGCUAGCUGUGAUGGCUCUGUGGUGGUGUGGAAUAUUGAGGAGCAGACUCAGGUGAUCAGUUGGCCUCUGCUGCAGAAGUCAAAUGACGUCACUAACGCCAAGUCUCUGUGUCGUUUGGCCUGGCAGCCCGGGAUGGGAAAGUUUUUAGCUGUUCCUGUUGAAACCAAGGUACACCUGUAUGAACGAGGCUCCUGGGACCACGUGAGCACUCUGUCCGAUGAUCUGCUCGCACAGCCCAUUAACGUGGUGUCUUGGUCUCCUUGCGAGCGUUUCCUGGCAGCUGGCUGCGUGGGGGGUUUACUUACAGUGUGGGACGUGAACAGCAAGCUGUGUGUGGAAAGGCAGAAACACGAGAAAGGCUUCACAGUGUGCAGUUUGGCCUGGCAUCCAUCAGGCAGCCAUAUUGCCUACACGGACACUGAGGGCUGCCUGGGCCUGCUGGACGGACUCGGCACCUCCACAGCUGAUAACAAUACGACCAAGGUACUGCUCAAGUAA